CUAGGGUUUUUCCAGGCUGGGCUGAGCCCCUGAGCCAGCACGGGUUAAGGACACAUUUUCCACCUCUUCCUGAAAUCAGGCCAGGGGAUCUCCAUCAGCACGUGGAAAACCAUACAGGCCCCCAUGGCUGAAGGGGAGAUGAAACAUAACAAAGGAGGCGAGUCCUGGCGAGGCACAGCCCACCUCCAGUGCCUGUGCCCACCAGCCCCACAUUAAACCCUGGGGACUGUCAGGCCCUGGGAUACCACCUGGGAAGCCCAGCCAGGCUGAAGUGGGGACAGUUCCAUGACGGGUUUAAGAGCAUGGGCUCUGGACCAGUCAAGCCAGGGAUGAGGCCGGGACCUGCCAUUUACUCGCUGCCUGACUGUGGGAAAGUGGCUUAGAUCCUCUGAGUCUCAGCUUCCCUCCUGCCAGGGUUGUCAAGAGAAUUAAAUGAGCUAAUUCAUGCAAUGGGCUCAGCACAGGGCUGGGCCCAGCACAGGUGGCCAGGUGAGGGAGGGGGAUGGUGUGCGGGCUGGGCAGACUCCCAGAAAGGCAGAGGGGACAAAUAAAACAUCUCAACCUGCAAGUGUCCCCUCCCUGGCCGCUCAGGUCACUGUCCAUCCUCCUAACUCUCCUCCUCUAAGGGACAACUUCUUCUGCCACCUAGAGCAGUAGGAAGUGACUCAAUUCAGAGCCUUAUGGGGGAAGAGAAGCCUUUCUCUCUAUUAUAAAAACCAUGCUCAUUAUAGUAAAUCUGGACAUUACGGAAAAGCAGGAAGGAAGCAAAAGCUGUUAUUUAGCUACCGAAGCCAACCCCUCUGGUUAGCUGCAUGUUUUUCCAUGUGGGAUUUUUCCCGGGCACGGGUUUGCUUGUUCUCUGUAACAUGGUUGGGACCUUAGCAUGAGAACGGAGAGCUGAAGGAGAUACAGGGUCAGCUGGCCCAGCCUCCUCAGUUGACAAGCCAGGAGACUCUGGCCCAGAGAAGCUCAGGGACUUGUCCAAGGUCAGGGGUGGCAGAGCCGGAACCAGAUCCAUUAGGUGUUUGCUGCCUCUCAAAAUACCAGUGCCCCCAACACCAGCACCAAUCCUCCCUCCAGCCCUGAAGACAGCCUUCAAAGGGGACAGUCAACAGCGGAUUGAGGCCUUUCAGUUUGGAGGGACAGGCUUCCAUGAGUCCCCUGGUUCCCUCAAUAAGGGGUGCAGCUCUGGUUGACCCCUCUCCCCCAUUUCUAGAUGGAGACACACCAUGGGAUGGGAGUGAGGUGGGGGUAGGGGUGGGUGAGAGACGGAAAGGGAGGGCUAGCAGAGCCCAGCAAGGGGUGUGCCCUGUGCCUGUUCCCAAGGGUGGAGUCAGACAACAGGGUCACGCUGUCCCUUUAAGAGAAGGGGGAGAGCUAGCCCCUCUCAGCCAUCCUGUCCUGUCAUCCAUCCCAGCCAAAUGCGAAAGGGAAAAUGAAAGAGGGACCAGGAGGAACAGGUCCUAGGCAUCUCUCAAGGUCCCUCGCUCAGCUCUAACACCCCAGCUCCAGCCACAGGCGCCAUGGGGGAGUGGGCGUUCCUCGGCUCGCUGCUGGACGCCUUGCAGUCGCAGGUGCCGCUCGUGGGCCGCCUGUGGCUGGUGGUCAUGCUGAUCUUCCGCAUCCUGGUGCUGGCCACGGUGGGCGAGGCCGUGUUCGCGGACGAGCAGGAGGAGUUCGUGUGCAACACGCGGCAGCCAGGCUGUCGCCAGAUCUGCUAUGACCGCGCUUUCCCCGUCUCCCACUACCGCUUCUGGGUCUUCCACAUCCUGCUGCUCUCGGCGCCCCCGGUGCUGUUCCUCAUCUACUCCAUGCACGAGACCAGCAAGGAGCCGGGUGGGGCCGACGCCACGCCCCGGGGGCGCCCCCAGGGCCCCUGCGCGCCCUCCGCCCUGCGCGCCCGCCGCGCGCGCUGCUGCUACCUGCUGAGCGUGGUGCUGCGCCUGGCGGCCGAGCUGGCCUUCCUGGGCGGCCAGACGCUGUUCUACGGCUUCCGCGUGGCCCCGCGCUUCGCGUGCGCCGGCCCGCCGUGCCCGCACAUCGUGGACUGCUUCGUGAGCCGGCCCACCGAGAAGACCGUCUUCGUGGUCUUCUACUUCGCCGUGGGGCUGCUCUCGGCGCUGCUCAGCGUGGCCGAGCUGGGCCACCUGCUCUGGAAGGGCCGUCCGUGCGCCAGGGGCUCUCACCAGGCGGCCGAGCGCGACAACCGCUGCAACCGCGCGCACGAGGUGGCGCAGAAGCUGCUCCCGCCUCCGCUGCCGCCGCCGCCGCCGCCGCCGCCGAGCCUGCCCUCCCGGCGCCCGGGCCCCGACCCCUACGCCCCACCCGCCUAUGCGCACCGGGCCGGCGACAGCGAGGGCGGCAGCGGCCGCAGCAAGGCGUCCCUGGCCAUUGUCCGCCAGGACCUGGCCAUCUAGAAGCGGCCACCUCCUCGGGCGGAGGGUGAGAUCAGAGGCCGGCAGACCCCGCCGCCCCCGGCCCUCACCGCAGAAGCAAGAGGUGGCUUCCGCAAGAACUGCUCGAGGGACCCUGCUGAGCAGGAGACACGCAGCGGGGAUGGCCUGCAGGGUGGCAUCCCAGCCGGGCCGGGUCAGAGGAUGAACUAAGGCAGGUCCUUGAUGCCCUGACCCAGGUGGAAAGGAAGGAGGCCAGGGGGCUGGGAGAAAGUGGGUGAAAGGAGGGCAGACAGAGUGCAAGGUGGAGGAGGUUCAGAUGGUGACCUGGUUGUUUUACUGGGGACGAAAACAACCGUGAGACUAGUCUCUGUGUGGGCUCUCCGUGCAUGUGUGCACAUGUACACAAAUGCGGUGUGAGCUGUGUGUGCGCGUGCACAUGUAAAACUUGUGUGAGCCGUUUGUGUGCAUGUGUGUACGAACAUACACAUUCCAUGUGAGCUCUCUGUGUGUGCACACCUGUACAUCCUGUGUGGGUUUUGUGUGUGCAUAUGUAUACCCCGCGUGCGUCCCGAGUAUGUACAUGCAUGUGUACGCCCUGUGCGAGCUGUGUGUGUGUGUGUGAUCUCUGAUAUACUCUGUGUGGGUGGCCAGGAUCCAGUGCCAGCAGCAGCCACAGUGCCUCCCUCCCUACCUGGGGGGUGCAUCACAGGAAGGUCUCCCCUCCUGAUGGAGCCCACACAGGAAGAGGGGGGCAGGCCACAGUCUGGUAGGGCUUGUGGGCACCUCCACACUCUGGACCUUGUGGCCUGAGCUGGGAGGCGAGCUGCCCUUUCACCGAGGUAGAGUGGGGAGCGGGGGUGGGGCCAGAGGGCAGGACUCUUCUCUUCUAGCUUCACCCUCCUCACCCUGCUACUGGUCCCCACAGUUUAUAAACAUGCUUGAGUCCCUUCCAUCCUCAGAAGAAACGUCCCCCCAAACGUGCUCCUGGCCCCGCAUAUCCUGCAGCCACCACCCAUUUCCCUCCUGGGGGAAUACAGAGAGCUGUCUACAUGGCUGCCUCUUGUCCCCCUCCUGUCUCUCCUCUAUCCCCAUCUGUCUUCCUCCCUCACUGCCCAAUGGGGCCACUCUCCAUAAGAUCUUCCAGAGCCUAAGCGACAACUCCAGGGGCCACCAUCUGACUGCUCCCCUGGGGCUCCGUCCCCCCUGCUGAGCAGACUGCCAGUGACUCACUCGGCCUGAUUUUUCCUGCGUCCCUGGCCCUUCCCUCUCUGUUCCUGCGCUCCUCUUCCGCGGCUCUUCUGCCUGUACUCCACAGGGCGGCCGAGGGGUCUUUCUCAAUAGCCCCCCUGCUUAGGCCAUUGGGGCUGCUCUGCCCUUUGGGUAAGCCCAGCACCUGAACGCGGCUCCUGACGUCCAUCUGGCCCUGCCUCUCAGGCCUCCAGCCCCGUCAGAUUGACUUCCCCACGGGUUUCUCUGCUCCAGAUGACACCGAAUUUUCUGUUUCUCCCAAGCCUGGUGCCUGAUUUUGCUUCCCAGCGUUUGAACAUCCUGUUCCUUCGCCGGGAGCAGCCUCCUCUUUGCAGCCCCACCCUCCCCUGGCUGACACCCACCUACCUGCCUUUUGGUCUCAUUUGGGAAGAAAACAGAUGCUUUCCCUGACGCUUGCCACUCUCAAGUCACUGAAUUCUGGACCCCUCCACGCAAACUCAGAUGUGGAGGUCCAGCUGUUUUCCAGAUAUAUUCCUUCAACGAGUAUUUGUUGAACACGUACUUUGCGCCAGGCAGUGUUCGAGAUCAGCACUGUUCAGGAGAAACAGGACAUGAGCCACAUGUAAUUUCAAGUUUUCCAUUAGCCACAUUAAAAAGUAAAAGGAAACAGGUGAAAUUAAUUUUAAUAUAUUUUCUUUAACCCAAUCUAUCCAAAAUAUAAUUUCAAUAUAUUAUUUGAAAAUAUUAAGGAGAUAUUUUACAUUCUUUGUUUGGUACUAAGUCUUUGGAAUCUGGUAUAUAUUUUACCCUUGGAGCACAUCUCAGUUUGGGCCAGCCAUGUUUCUAAGACUCAGUCACCACACGUAGUUAGUGGCUGCUGUAUUGAACAGAGCAGAUCCAGAUGUUGGGCUACAGUGGUGAGCAAAACCUGACUUCAUGGCGCUUACAUUCUGGUGGGGAGGGCCAACAGUACAUGUAGAAUGUACUGCCAGGAAGCCGUAAGAGUAAGGGGAGAAUGACAUCCUUGAGGGAUGACACUGGAACAGAAUGUAACCAUGAAGUUGUCUCCAGGAAGAGCAUUCCAGGUGGAGGGAAUGGCAAGUGCAAAGGCCCUGAGGCAGGAAUAAGCCAGAGGUGUUGGAGGCCAGUGUGGCCCAAGUGGAGCAAGGGAUGGAGGAGGAGGCAUGUCAGCAGCACCUCAAACACAACCUCAAUUUCCUUAGUUCUCUUUUCAGUUGCUGAUGUCCCCAUCCACACAGGUCACCUCUACCCACUGUUGCUGUAGCCUGUCCUCUGCCUGCCUUCCACACUCCUCAAUCACCUGUCCUCCCAUUUCACCACCUAAGUAUUUCCUCCCUGUCUCCUCUCUUCUUCAGCCCUCAGAGGCUGCACAGGGUCAGCCCCGUCACCAAUGGCCUGGAGAACUCCCACAGCCUCUGCUCUGCACCCCUGCCUCCACACUCCUCAUCCUGGAUUACUGAUCACCUCACUCACUGGCUUAAAGUCCUUCACUCCCAUUGCCCUCAGGAUCAAGUCCAGCUCCUGAACAGGCGUGACCUGAGCCUGUUCCGGCCGCCACAUCCUCACCUCUUCCACCAAUCCAACCAAAAACUGAAAUGGUUGAGACACAGAGAUGGUGGCGAUUUCCAAUCAUGAGAAGCUAUUUAUCACCUCUGCAUCCCACCUGGCUGACUUUCCCUUAGAGAUGAAGCUGGGGGGAGGCACCUCUUCCAGGGCGGCUUCCAAGCUCUACCUGAGCCUGGUUCGAUGCCUCUGCCCUGCGCUCCCGGAGGCCUGAGCAAGACCCGGUCACCGCCCUCCCCAGGCUGUAUCUGCCACCAUCCUUGGUGAAGGCGGGGCCUGGUGCAGUGCCAAGCACAUGCCAGCCCUUGGUGACCAGACGCCACAGCAGUGGUUCCCAACGAGGGGGCAGUUUUGCUCCCCAGGGGAUGUUUGGCAAUAUCUGCAGACAUAUUUGGUUGUCACAGCCGGGGAGAAGAUGCCACCGGCAUCUAGUGGAUAGAGGCCAGGGAUGCUGCUAAAUAUCUUACAAUGCACAGGAUGGCCCCUCACAGCAAAGAAUUCCCGAGCCCAAAAUGUCACCUGGGCAGUGGUUGAGAAACUCUGCUCUGCAGCAACGUGCUGUGAGCCCCUGAGGGCAGCCCUAAGCCGCAGAGGGUCCCAGCAACAAAGGGACUACCCCAAGGGGCACUUUGUAAAUGUGGGGGCCGCUGCUUUAGCUGUCACAACGAGGGGGACCCUGCUGGUGUUUGGUGGGCCAGGGCUAGGAAUGCCAAGAUGUCCUCCCAUAGUAAAGAAUUGUCACGCAUGACUUUAGAAUGUCCCACUGGACAUUUACAUAGUGAGAAAGCUCUUAAUAAUUACCUGAGCCCAAAACCUGACUGUUUUACAUGUAAAACAUUAAGGGUUUAGUUUGGGGAAUUUUUUUUUGAAUGUUUUUAUUAUGCAUUCUAAGUUUUUAUUUCAACAGCCACUCAUACUCUUUAAACUUUCCUGGGUUUCUUGUACAGAAUAGUUUCUGACCUUCUUACUUCUUUUAAAACCAAAUGUAUUCAUUAAACAUAAAAGCGAGCAGGACUGUCACAUCUGCCAUGUGGUUGUGCUCAAGUAUGAGCACACGGAAACUCACAGUACUUUCCCUUCAUUUCUCCUUUACAGUACAGCUGAUUUUCUUUUUUGAAGAUUGGCACCUGAGCUAACA